GGCCUCAAUUCCUUCCUUUCCGGCGGUUCUGCGCGUGCGCUUUGCGUCGGCGGCGCUCCUUCUCCUUCUCUCCGCCUCGCUCUCUCUCUCUCCCCCUCCCUCCCUCCCUCCCUGCCGCGUGUGUCGUGCGAGUAUUUGCUGGAACACACUUCCUACUAUGGCUGAUGAAGUUGACUUCACCACUGGAGAUGCUGGUGCAUCUGCCACCUACCCAAUGCAGUGUUCUGCUCUUCGCAAGAAUGGCUUUGUGGUGCUAAAGGGACGUCCCUGCAAGAUUGUGGAGAUGUCAACUUCAAAAACUGGCAAACAUGGUCAUGCAAAGGUCCAUUUAGUUGGCAUUGAUGUAUUCACUGGCAAAAAAUAUGAAGAUAUUUGCCCUUCCACUCACAACAUGGAUGUUCCAAAUAUCAAGAGGAAUGAUUAUCAACUAAUCUGUAUACAGGACGGCUACCUCUCUUUACUGACAGAAAGUGGUGAAGUUCGUGAGGAUCUAAAGGUUCCAGAAGGUGAACUAGGCAAAGAAAUAGAGGGGAAAUACAACGCAGGCGAAGAUUUCCAGGUAUCUGUUAUGUGUGCAAUGAGCGAAGAAUGUGCUGUAGCCAUAAAACCUUGCAAAUAGGACCAUCUGGAUCUAGGCAGUUGCUCAAGUUCUGGCAACUGCAAAUCUUGUAUUUUAGUUCUGAUUAUCACCAAAGCUAUAACCUUCACUAGCAACCUCGUGUCUUUGUUUGAAAAUAGAGCUGACUAAUGUUGCAAGCCAUUUGGCAAUACUAAAAUUGCUGAAGUUCAAGUGCUUACAGGAAUGGCAAGGCAGUCAAAACUGUCAUUUUAGAUCAUGAGGUAUUAAACUAGUAUGCUUUGCUCGAAUGAAACUGUAUAGCAGUGCCAAUACCAAGAUAGUACUAAGUUUGGGUUUAAGAAUAGUGUUUACAACAUUUUAAAUCAGUGAAAAUAACCAUUUUUAUCUUAAACAUUGUAAAAUAUGGCUUGCACUGAACUGUGAAUACUCACUGAGCUAGAGACAAAGGAAAUCCUAUGAUCAAAAUGCCAGUGCUGAUGGCCAUGUACAACAGUAUGUAUCUGUAGUCCUGCUGGCUCUGGCUCACUCUUAACAUGUUGCCAUUUGCCUGUGAUGCAAACAUCCAAGAUAUUGGAUGCUUUCAUACUCUGGUUAAUAGUGCACAAAUGUUCAGGGGUUAGGGGUGUGAUUCACUAGAGGCCUUUGAUUUCAAUAUGGAGUUCAGCCACUCUUCUAGUUUAAAAGAAGGGAAAGCCUCAAGUGUUUCAGUAUUAUAUGUACUUGUUUUGGAUUUUAACUUUAGUUUUGUAGCACAAGUAGAAUGCUUGGCUUCUUUUUAGGAACUGGAACAAAAGUGUGCAUAGUGGCAACUUAUAUGAAGGCUAAAUUUAAACCCUGUUUCACCCAAAUAAUUUAGGUCAUGGGAUUCAGACCUGCUAAAGAACUAUGACUCAGCAUUCUGUCAAAUGGAAGAACUUCAGGGCUAUGUAACAGGGUCACUUUGACUCAAAAUCUAUUUGUGCAGGACUUGGUUACACUGAACAGGCAAAUGCCUAACCACUAAUAGACAUGAUCUUCUGCUUGGAAGAUCGUGCUUCUGCUUAGUUAGCAUUUGGAGAAACCUAAUGACUUAUAUUUGCCUUAAAUAUUGGUAGCAACUGACUAACUUGAACUAGUGACUGGGUUGUUAAAACAUGCUUGGUUUAUUUUGGGUACCUUUGGGGUGGGUGGGUGGGGGGUUAGGACGCAGAAUUUUGAACUAUAUUUGGGAAUAUGGUUGCCCAUCGCCAGUGAAGUUAUAGAGAUGUAAACUGUAUGACGAUCUCACAGUAAGUUCUAGAUUGGAUAGGAAUCUGCACUUUUCCAGAUACUGUUGGACUGCAACUCCCAACAUUCUUCAUGAUUGGCUGUGCUGGAACUUGGAGUCUUAACAACAUCUUGUGGGUUUUGAGUUGCACCAUUCUCUAGAUUUAACUGAGCAAAUAUCUAUGCAGAGAAGGGGCACAAUGCAGAUUGGUUUGGCAAUAAACACUCUUGAAUAAAGCACAGUCUUGAUAUAAUGUCAAAUAACUAUAUGUUUUGAAGAUCUAGGGCUACUAGAAAGUUAGAGGAUUUUAUCAUUGUUAGUCCAAUCAUGCCAGUAUUCCUGGGUAGCUGAUUCUCAGUCUUGAUAGGAACGGGAAAUCCUAAUUUGAAAAACAGACUUUGUUGGCUAGUAUCAUUAGUCAUUCUCAGAUGUUCUGCAGGAGUUAGCAGCUGUGCCCGAGUAAUUGAGGCGCCGUCGUUACGCGCAAGGGGUGGCGCUUCCUGACGCGCCUUGCCCCUCGUGCGUAACGAGUGUGUCAAAAUGGCGGCGCCCUAGACAGAUGGGUGCCGCCAUUUUGACGUCGCGGACGCAUAGCAUCCGGACAUCAUGUGG